AUGGACACCCACCGGCUAUGCACGGACACCCACCGGCCAUGCACGGACACCCACCGGGCCAUGCACGGACACCCACCGGCCAUGCACGGACACCCACCGGCCAUGCACGGACACCCACCGGGCCAUGCACGGACACCCACCGGGCCAUGCACGGACACCCACCGGGCCAUGCACGGACACCCACUGGCCAUGCACGGACACCCACCGGGCAUGGACACCCACCGGGCCAUGCACGGACACCCACCGGCCAUGCACGGACACCCACCGGGCACGGACACCCACCGGCCAUGCAUGGACACCCACCGGGCCAUGCACGGACACCCACCGGGCCAUGCACGGACACCCACCGGCCAUGCACGGACACCCACCGGCCAUGCACGGACACCCACCGGGCAUGGACACCCACCGGCCAUGCAUGGACACCCACCGGGCCAUGCAUGGACACCCACCGGGCCAUGCACGGACACCCACCGGCCAUGCACGGACACCCACCGGCCAUGCACGGACACCCACCGGGCCAUGCACGGACACCCACCGGCCAUGCACGGACACCCACCGGCCAUGCAUGGACACCCACCGGGCAUGGACACCCACCGGGCCAUGCACGGACACUCACCGGGCCAUGCACGGACACCCACCGGCCAUGCACGGACACCCACCGGGCAUGGACACCCACCGGCCAUGCAUGGACACCCACCGGGCCAUGCAUGGACACCCACCGGGCCAUGCACGGACAUCCACCGGGCAUGGACACCCACCGGGCAGUGCACGGACACUCACCGGGCCAUGCACGGACACCCACCGGCCAUGCACGGACACCCACCGGCCAUGCAUGGACACCCACCGGGCCAUGCACGGACACCCACCGGCCAUGCAUGGACACCCACCGGGCAUGGACACCCACCGGGCAUGGACACCCACCGGGCCAUGCACGGACACUCACCGGGCCAUGCAUGGACACCCACCGGGCCAUGCAUGGACACCCACCGGGCCAUGCACGGACAUCCACCGGGCAUGGACACCCACCGGGCCAUGCAUGGACACCCACCGGCCAUGCACGGACACCCACCGGCCAUGCACGGACACCCACCGGGCAUGGACACCCACCGGCCAUGCAUGGACACCCACCGGGCCAUGCACGGACACCCACCGGCCAUGCACGGACACCCACCGGCCAUGCACGGACACCCACCGGCCAUGCACGGACACUCACCGGGCCAUGCACGGACAUCCACCGGCCAAGCACGGACACCCACCGGGCCAUGCACGGACACCCACCGGGCCAUGCACGGACACCCACCGGCCAUGCACGGACACCCACCGGCCAUGCACGGACACCCACCGGCCAUGCACGGACAUCCACCGGCCAUGCAUGGACACCCACCGGGCCAUGCACGGACACCCACCGGGCCAUGCACGGACAUCCACCGGGCAUGCAUGGACACCCACCGGGCAUGGACACCCACCGGCCAUGCAUGGACACCCACCGGGCAUGCACGGACAUCCACCGGGCAUGCAUGGACACCCACCGGGCAUGGACAUCCACCGGCCAUGCAUGGACACUCACCGGCCAUGCACGGACGCCCACCGGCCAUGCAUGGACACCCACCGGCCAUGCUCCUGCUAUUGUUUCUGGCGCACUGA